UCCAACCAAGGGCAGUACUUCAACGGAGGCGUGCCCAACCAGUUUCCGCAGCAUCAAAGCAGCAAUGCGCAGUACGGCGGGCAGUACACGGGGCAAUUCGCGCAGGAGGUGGCAAUGCGCACGAGCAUGUCCUACCAGCACAGCCCAGUGCCAGGCAAUCCCACGCCGCCGCUCACGCCGGCGAGCAGUAUGCCGCCUUACAUCAGCCCCAAUCCUGAUGUCAAACCCCACUUUAACGAGCACAAGCCAUCGAUGGGCAUGCAAAACGAUGAGCUCCGAUUAACAUUCCCUGUAAGAGAUGGUAUUAUUCUACCACCAUUUAGAUUAGAGCAUAAUUUAGCAGUUAGCAACCAUGUAUUCCAAUUAAAACCCACUGUCCACUCAACAUUAAUUUGGAGAUCGGACUUGGAGUUACAACUGAAAUGCUUCCAUCACGAGGACCGGCAGAUGAACACUAACUGGCCGGCGAGCGUGCAGGUGUCGGUGAACGCGACGCCGCUCGUCAUUGACCGCGGCGAGAACAAAACCUCGCACAAACCUUUGUACCUGAAAGAAGUGUGCCAGCCCGGCAGGAACACGAUACAAAUCACCGUUUCGGCGUGUUGCUGCUCCCACCUAUUCGUACUUCAAUUAGUCCAUCGGCCGAGUGUACGUAGCGUGUUACAAGGAUUGCUACGAAAGCGAUUGCUAACAGCUGAUCACUGUAUUGCUAAGAUCAAGAUGAAUUUCAACCAGACAUCUGUGAACACCAACGGCUCUAACACUGGAAAUGACAGGGACGGAGUGGAGCAAACCGCACUCAAAGUGUCACUAAAAUGUCCAAUAACCUUCAAAAAAAUCACACUACCGGCACGUGGACAUGAAUGCAAACAUAUACAAUGUUUCGAUUUGGAGUCAUAUUUACAACUCAAUUGUGAACGAGGGUCAUGGAGGUGUCCGGUGUGCAAUAAACCAGCGCAGUUAGAAGGAUUAGAAGUGGACCAAUACAUGUGGGGUAUUCUCAACACAUUAAAUGGCUCAGAUGUAGAUGAAGUGACCAUUGACAACGGAGCUAAUUGGAAAGCAGCUAAAAGUGUCACUAACCCUGGCAUUAAGCAGGAAGACGACAGUAACGACAACAGUGUUGGAAAACGUGGCAAAGCCAUGUCACCCGGCUCUAUGAACAUGCCAACCAUGAAUAACUGGGACAUGAACGCUCUCUCGCCGUACCUCCCACCAGAUAUGAACACAAUCGCGAGCGGCUCUAUGAUAUCCUCAUACAACCAAAGCGGACAGAGCAGGAAUUCCAGUGGCAGUAGUCAGAACUAUGACUUUGGCAUGAACAAUGGCCCGGGCAGUAAUGAGUUUGCUGGCAAUGGGCCACUGUCACAUUUGAAUGAUAGUGUCAAUUCAUUAGACCCACUCAACGCUAUGGAGAAAAGUCUAAAUGAACAGGUGAGUUUUACACUUGAAAACAAAAUUCCAUAUCUGUUCUCAUUAAUUGUUUGCUUAAAUUUAAUAAAGUUUUGCUAAAGAACUCCAAAACAC